AGUUAUAACUUCUUUAUAAUUUAUGUAAAUUACUGCAAGAUUAUGACUUGCAAAAAAGUCUAACGAUAGUUAUUCAGAUAGACAACAUGCAGAAAUAUCUUCUUGCAGGUUGCAAUGUUUGCGGCCGUAACCACACGACAGAAUUGUGCUCAUUUCUUCGAGAACUUAAACCUGUUGAGGAUACAAAGACUCCAUCCCGAGCCAGAUUGACUUUGCCUGCUAAUUUGGAAGUACAGAAUUUGGCUGAUAACUCAACGACAGUUGUAGCCAGAGCACCAUUUGUUCGAAGUGUUCAGUUUGGACCAUUUAUAGCCAGACAUACACAAAUGCUACAUCCUGCUGUCAACUUUCCAUUAAAGGUCUUUGGUAAAACUGAAGAAACUAGUUAUUAUCUGGAUACAAGUGAUGAGGAGGCUUGCAAUUGGAUGUGUCUUGUUGCACCAGCCACUUCCUGUAAAGAGCAAAAUCUUAUCUGUUAUCAGAUAAACAUUUGGCUUGGUUUUCAGAUGGGUCAAGAUAUAUAUUACACUGUGAUGAAAGAUAUCCAAGCUGGUGAGCAACUGAAAGUUUGGUAUGCGCCUUACUACGCUGUAAAAAUGGGAGCAGUGCCUUUCAGUACAGACUUCACAGCAGAUGCAAAUGGAGACAAGAGUACAGACCAUGUUUAUGAGUCAAAGCAGAAGCUCAGAGAGAAGGAAAAGAAGAAUUUCCAUGGGAUGUUGCUAAGUCGUGAAGUGACUCAGAAGUUGGCGGAACAGUUGCCAGCCAGACAGCUUGGUGCCAGGCAAACACCUGACAGAUGGCGCUGUAAACUUUGCUGUGCCGAAGAAACCAGUGUUAUAUUAUUUGCUAGACAUCUCAUGUCCCACUACAAGCGGUCGGUUGGUCAUUCAGGGCGGUUACUGGAAUGUCACUUGUGUCAUCAGAAGUUUGCAACUGAAAAGUUGCUAGUUAAACACAAAGUUAUUCGACACAAAAUGGUUCUUCAGAGACCACGAUUAUUGGGUGAUAUAGAAGAAGAUGAAUCAGCUGGUGUGGACAUGGCAGAGGAAGAAAACGAUGAUAUGUUAGAAGAUCGUGAUGGCAAGGUGACAAGCAUUGUGAUUGCAAAUCUCACUGGACAGCUACCAUCACAUUUCUCUCAGCCAGGUUCACAAACAAUAUUUGUAACAAAUACAGGACGGUUAUUAACAGAUGGUAUGGCAGAUAGCGAACUUCAAGAGAGGCAACAUGAAGCCUUGAACGUACUUCUUGAACAGUUACAAUCAACUGACACGUACCAAGAUGGCAAUGAAGUGCAGUUUGGUCCAGAAACAGUUGAUUACUAUACUAAUAAUGAGCUUGAGAGCACAAAUAAAUGUAAAGUACCCCAGAAAAUAAACAGCAGAUGUAAUGUCCUUAAAAACAAAACACAGGAGAAUGUUUCAAUCCUUCAAGAUGGCCUGGAAGAGAAAGAUAUGAACCUUGUUCUUAAUGACACAAAUGUGGCAUCUCAGUUUGAGACAAUGCAGGAAGAAGAAGAAGAUACAGGACCAGGUGGCAUUUUGACCGAAUAUAAACCCGAGACUGCCACAGGUUUAGCUCUUAAUCAUCAGCAAAAUAAUAGAGAAAAUAUUAUAAACAUUAUAAAUACUCACGUGACCAUCAUUCACAAUGGUAGUAUGAUGAGCAGUGAUGACCAGUCAGAAUCUGCUCAUACUGAUGAUGUGAGGAACCCAGUAGAUAAGCCCAAGGUUCAUAAUACUAGUAUAUUUGAAGAAUUUCAAACAAGUAAUGUUGUACCAGAGGAAAUGGUUCCGAAACCCAGCACUGCUCUUGGAGUUGCAUAUCAGACUGGGGCUGAUGCAUCUGUGAGUCUACAAGCAGGAAGCACUAGUGAUGAGCGCUGUGUAAUUAAUCCUGAUGACUUGGAAACUGUUGCUACAUCAAGUGAAUUGAGUCUCCCAGUGGGGCAGGAAGACGUGUCUUCUGCAUUCUUAGGUUUAGUUUCAGAGCCAGAUAUUGAUACAGCAGAUGCGCAGAAUCUAGAUAAACACGCAGGAAGUGCCGAGGGACAGGAUGACAUUUCAUUAUCAGCCAGUUUUGAUUUGAAUGAUGUUUCAGAUGGGACAUCUCUGUUGCCUGCCGAUAAUGCAAAAACAGUGGAUCUGGGUCCGCCAUACAACUGUGAUAUUUGUAAUAAAGAAUUUCACAAAGCCGAUUACUUGUAUCGCCACUUGCGUAAACAUACUGGCGAAUUUAUGUGUGUCUCCUGUUUAGCUGUGUUCGCUCGUAAGGAGAGCCUUACAAACCAUUCAUGUUUUGCUGAUGCUUCAGGGGUGAAUGAAGAAACAUCUUCUCUUAUCUGUCCGUAUUGCCAGAAGAAAUUUCUAGUGAAGAAGAUUUUUAAGAGGCAUAUGGCAAAACAUACAGGGGAAUGGAAGUGCAACAAGUGCCAGCGACUGUAUUCUUCAAGAGCUACUUUGUCUUCACACCGGUGUUCAACAAAGCCAAACCCAGUAUACCCAUGUCACGUAUGUAAGAGAGAAUUCCUGCGACGCUCCUACUUGGAUAAACACAUGCUUCUGCAUCUAGAGAAUCACCCAUGCACUGUGUGUGGCAAGAAGCUGCAGUCUGGCAAAGUGCUACAGAAUCAUCAGAAUUACUGCAGAAGGGGAAAACAGCUGGAGACAGUUGGUGAGACAGCGUGUCCUCAUUGCAACAUUACUUUCUCACAGCUUGUUACUUUCAGGCAACAUGUGUACCAACAUAUGUAUCCAUAUAUGUGCCAACAGUGUGAGGAACGCUUUAGAACAGAUCCAGUGAAGGUUUUGCACACUUGUUCAGAAACUGUACUCAAUUGUGAAAUGUGCACGGAGCAGUUCUCCUCAUUACUGAGCCUGUCACAGCAUCAAGUAAUACAUGGUGUGCCACAGUUCCACUGCUAUGAAUGUGGCCAGAGCUUUCAUCUCUGUGAAAACUAUAGUUCCCACAUAUGUAGUGCAUGGGAAGAACCUAGAACGUCACACAGAAAGAGGAAGAAAGCUGCUGAUAAGAGAGACGAAGAAAGCAAAAGUGUGCAUGCAAGUGGGAAGGGAGAAAUGAGUGAAGUGCUUUCGCAAAAGAAGAGAAAUGCUGAUGAUAGCAGUCAGUCGGGAGUAGUGUGUGAUGUCUGCGGCGAGGUGUACAAGACAAUCCAUAUCCUGAAAGCACACAUGCAGCUACAUGGGGAGCGCAAGUUUGCCUGUCAGAUUUGCAACAAGAAGUUUCAUCGUAAAGACGUGCUGCAGGAGCAUCAUUCUGUGCAUCAGGAGGCCCACAUACCCUGCCCUCUCUGCAACAAGAAGUUGAAGACCAAGAAGUCCCUAGAUGUCCACAUGCACCGUCACACAGGCAUCAGGCGAUAUUCUUGUAUGGACUGCGACAAGAAAUUUUUCCAGAAGGGCAAUUUGCUGAAACAUGCUGUUAUGCAUAAUCCAAAUGCCAAAAUGAUUCUGACGUGUGAUCAUUGUAAUAAGAAUUUCACGUCAAGGGACUAUCUCGCCCAGCACAUGCUAGAACAUACACAAGGACGUAUUCACUUAUGCCAUCUGUGUGACAAGGGAUUUGUUAAGGAGCAUAUGUUGAAAGGUCACAUCAGAAAAUUUCAUAGUGGGCACAUAUUUGUAUGCCCAUAUUGUAAUAUGUCUGUUCGUCAUCGCAAUUCAAUUCGACGUCAUCUCGAAAAUCGCCACGGUGAACUUCAUCAGGAAUGGGCCACUCCAGGAUUCCUUGAUAAACUUCAAGCAGGUGGUAACAGUGCUCCAGCUAGCAUGCUGCUGAAUGCCAGUCUAGUGGCUGCACAUCCCCAGUCACUGAGUGAUGGCAACACUGCAGUAACAGCUGCACAAACAUCACAGCAGAUAAAUCCCAACAUGGCCCAGACUGACGAUCAAACUGAAGGAGCAGAGAUACUGUUAACUGUAUCUGGCAUGCCUCUCGGUAGCGCAGAUGGUGAAGUGGGGACAGCAGUGGCUCAGAGUGCAGUUGGUGACCAUAUGGAACUCCAGGUGGAAACAGCGAUCCAGGGUGACCAAGUAACAGCAGGCAGUACAUUCAUUUUCUCAGACGGGACGGUUGUGCAGCAGGAGGAUGGGACUGGCAGAGGAGAUAUUCUGCUGUAUGUCCUCGACCCUACAGAUGUCACCAUCGAUCCUGGAUACUAAUUUAAAUUUAAUGUAGCUCGGCAGAAAAUGUAUAUAACUGGUACAUAAGUGAACUCAUCUUUAAUGAUGAGUUAGACAUGUACAGUAUGAAUACUGGACAAAAGUGAUAUGUAUUACAGUACAACCUACAGCCAUGUAUUCUGAGGAAUAAUUUUGAUUUCCAUAACAAUAAACAUUUUGUUUGCUGCAUCUGCAUUUUUAUCUUGUACAUAUAUGUAAUAAUUUUAAGAUGUAUGUAUAAUGUUAAAUAAUAAAGUUUAUACUUUCUGUGAA